AUGUCCGAGCAAUCCACAACACCACCACCCCCCACCCCCACAAAAGGCGACCCGGAAUGGUGGAGGAGGAAGUUCAGCGGACUCACGGGCCUGGGCCUGAGCGACGAAGAACGGGCCGCCAAUCGCGCAGAAGCCGAGUGUCGAAAGUGCGAGAAGAACAGGGACUAUCUCAUGAACUACAGUUCCGUCCCCCGUCCCCCGUCCCCCGUCCCCCGUCCCCUCCCCUCUCCCAAACCCUCAGCCCAUCCCAGCCCCGACUAACUAACCCCUGCGCAACACGACAGGUCCCAUAGUCCGCUUCAUGCUGGAAAACAUCUCAAUGUUAAACGGUAGAAUGGACGAUUCAAACGUAAGGUGCAUGCCCUGCGAGAACCUCCAGUCCGGCGGCUUCUCGCCCGAGCACGGGGUCCUGCUCUGCCAGAACCGCCUGCGCGAUAGGGGGCAUACGGAGGACACGCUCGCGCACGAGCUCGUCCACGUGUACGACCACUUGCGGUUCAAGGUCGAUUGGGAGGAGCUGAAACACCAUGCUUGCUCAGAGGUAUAUACAUCCCGGGAUGGCGGAUUUCGAAUCCUUGGAUGGUCCUGGUCUGUGGGCUAAUCCUUUCUUCUCCGCUGGUUGCAUGCAGAUUCGGGCGUCAAGUCUGAGUGGGGAGUGUCGGUGGACGAGGGAGGCCUUUACCAGAGGUGUUUUCAACUUCACGAGACAGCAUCAGGCGUGCGUCAAGAGACGGGCCAUUCUGUCCGUCCAGAACAAUCCAAAGUGCAAAGAUGAAGCGGAGGCGACCAAGAUCGUCAACCAGGUCUUUGACUCUUGCUUUGCCGAUACCCGGCCCUUUUCCGAGAUUUACCGGUAGCUCCUUGUCGGCUCGUCAACCUCCAACCCGUAUCAUGUAUAUAUAUAGAGGGGUAGGGGGAGAUCAUGGAAGAGGGGGAGCAAGCAUGGCACUCUCCCACAAUGCCCGCGUAUUUGUAUAACAACCUUGCCCUUUCGUCUUGUACAACAUAGAAUUAUCAUUGACCUUUAACCCCAGAAGGAUAUAUGAACCCCUACAC